AUGAGUACCCUCAGCUCGCAGGAUGAUGAAGAUACCUUUAAAAUACUUAUUGCUACCGAUAUUCAUCUUGGCUAUUUGGAGAAGGAUCCAGUGCGUGCAAAUGAUACUUUUGUGACUUUUAAUGAAAUUCUGGACCAUGCUCAAAAAAAUGAAGUGGACUUUGUUUUAUUAGGUGGGGACCUUUUUCAUGAAAACAAACCUUCCAGAAAAACAGUACACUCUUGCUUGGAGUCACUGAGAAAAUACUGCAUGGGCGAUCGUCCUGUUCAGUUUGAAAUUUUGAGUGAUCAGGCAGUUAAUUUUCAUUAUAGCAAGUUUCCAUGGGUGAAUUAUCAGGAUAGAAAUCUCAAUAUUUCUAUUCCAAUUUUUAGUAUUCAUGGCAAUCAUGAUGAUCCCACGGGGGCAGAUGCACUGUGUGCAUUGGAUAUUUUAAGCUGUGCAGGAUUGUUGAAUCACUUUGGACGUUCAAGUUCUGUGGAGAAACUAGAUAUUAGUCCCAUUUUAUUGCGUAAGGGUAGAACAAAAAUUGCUCUGUAUGGCUUGGGAGCUAUUCCAGAUGAAAGGUUGUAUCGUAUGUUUGUCAAUAAACAAGUAACCAUGCUGAGACCAAAGGAAGAUGAAGACAGUUGGUUUAACUUGUUUGUGAUUCAUCAAAAUAGGAGCAAACAUGGAGCUACCAACUACAUUCCAGAGCAGUUUUUAGAUGACUUUAUUAAUCUUGUUGUGUGGGGACAUGAACAUGAGUGUAAAAUAGCUCCAUUCCAAAAUGAACAGCAAGGUUUCUACGUUUCUCAGCCAGGAAGUUCAGUGGUGACAUCUCUGUCCCCUGGAGAAGCUGUGAAGAAACACAUUGGUUUGCUGCAUGUUAAAGGGAAAAAAAUGAAAAUGCAGAAGAUUGCUCUAGAGACAGUGCGGACUUUCCACAUGGAGGAUGUUGUUCUAGCUGAUCAUCCAGAUCUUUUUAAUCCUGACAAUCCUAAAGUAACUCAGGCAAUACAAGCAUUCUGCAUGGAAAAGGUCGAAUUGAUGCUGGACAAUGCAGAAAGAGAACGCUUGGGAAAUCCACGCCAGCCAGAGAAGCCUCUCAUAAGAUUACGAGUUGAUUAUACGGGUGGCUUUGAACCAUUCAGCAUCCAUCGUUUUAGCCAGAAGUACGUGGAUAGGGUGGCAAACCCAAAAGACAUUAUACACUUUUUCAGGCAUCGUGAACAAAAAGAGAAAAAUGACAGUGAUCUUAAUUUUGGAAAACUGGUUAGCAGACCAGCUUCUGAGGGGAUGACACUGAGGGUGGAAGACCUUGUAAAGCAGUAUUUUCAGACAGCGGAAAAGAAAGUACAGCUUUCACUUCUAACUGAAAGAGGAAUGGGAGAAGCAGUGCAGGAGUUUGUGGACAAACUGGAAAAUGAUGCCAUAGAAGAGUUGGUGAAGUUUCAACUAGAAAAAACACAGAGGUAUCUUAAGGAGCGUCGCACUGAUGCAGAGGAAGAAAAAAUAGACGAGGAGGUGCGAAAAUUUAGGGAGAGUAGAAAAAAGAAUACUGAAGAAGAGGAGGAGGAAGUUCGUGAGGCAAUGACCAGGGCUAGAGCCCACAGAUCUGAGGAUGCAGUUCUUGUCGCAGCCUCCAGCGAUGAAGAGUUCAUGGAUACAGGGAUGAAAAGCACUGGUGAUUCAGAUGAUGGUCUUCCUGCAACACUGAGCCGAGGAAGGGGUCGGGCAAGAGGGAGGGUAAGAGCUGCAAGAGGACAAAAUUCAGCAGCAAGGGGUUCAUCUCGAAGGGGAAGAGGAAGCACUAGCCAAGAGUCAGCUACAAGCAGCAGAACCUACAAGCCUGUAUCUGUGCCUGCCAAGAAUAUGUCUAUCAUGGAUGCCUUUAAGUCUUUGAAACCAACGGCCUCCUUGAAUUCAUCUAAAUCUUUCUCUGAAUUUUUUCAGGAUAUUAUAGAUGAUGACUCCGAUCUAGAAGACAUUUAUACUGUUCCUUCUUCCAAAGUAAAUCAAAGGUUGUCAACUACAUCUUCACUUAGUAAAAGAGGUUCACAAAGCCAGACAUCUAGAGGAGUUGAUUUUGAGUCAGAUGAGGAUGAAUUUGAUCCAUUCAAAAGCACUGCAACAUCAAGAAGAACUAAGUGA